AUUUUCUCUAUUUUAAAAGUCCUUUAUUACUAGAAUUUUAUGCAAGCCACAAGAAGUAAAGACGUGAGUGGGAAUGGAUAAAGUGUGAUGAAAUGUUGGAAAUGGCCACUGCAACUCUUCCCUCCCACCACUUCCAUUUCUGCUUCUUCUCUUCUUCAUCCUCCAAAUUCUCAAUUACUACUACUACACAAUUAUCCCUAAAGUAUCCCCACAAAAAUCGUCUUUCACUUGUCUUUUGUUCUUCUUCUUCAUCAUCAUCAUCAUCAUCAUCAUCAUCAGCUUCAUCGCCCCAAGUCAGUGAACCCACUCCCACUGCUGAGUCUUGCGUUAAUUUGGGACUCCAACUCUUCUCGAAAGGACGGGUGAAAGAUGCUCUUGUGCAGUUCGAUACAGCACUUACUUUAAAUCCCAACCCUGUGGAGGCCCAGGCUGCAUUUUAUAACAAAGCAUGCUGUCAUGCCUACAGGGGGGAAGGAAAGAAAGCUGCUGAGUGUUUACGGACUGCUUUGAAAGAGUAUAACCUAAAGUUUGGCACAAUUCUUAAUGAUCCGGAUUUGGCUUCCUUCAGAGCAUUGCCUGAGUUCAAGGAACUACAGGAAGAGGCUAGGUUAGGAGGGGAAGACAUAGGAUACAGUUUCCGAAGAGACCUUAAGCUCAUCAGUGAGGUACAAGCACCAUUUAGAGGGGUCAGAAGAUUCUUUUAUGUGGCAUUCAUCGCUGCAGCUGGAAUUUCUACAUUUUUCACUAUACCUAGGUUAAUCCGUGCUAUUCAAGGUGGAGAUGGUGCUCCUGAUAUUGGGGCAACUGCAGGAAAUGCUGCUAUAAAUGUCGUUGGUAUUGUUGUUCUUGUGGCAUUGUUGUUUUGGGACAACAAAAAAGAGGAGGAACAGCUUGCACAAAUAUCGCGUGAUGAAACCCUAUCAAGGCUGCCUUUGCUCCUUUCAACUAAUAGGAUUGUUGAACUCGUCCAGCUAAGAGACACCGUGAGGCCUGUUAUUUUGGCUGGAAAAAAGGAGACAGUCUCUCUGGCUAUGAGAAAUGCUGAGAAAUUCCGCACUGAGCUUCUUAAACGUGGAGUCCUUCUAGUUCCUGUUAUUUGGGGUGAGGGUAGCGAAACAAAGCUAGAAAAGAAAGGUUUUGGUCUUUCACAAAAGGCUGUCGCUUCCCUCCCAUCCAUAGGGGAAGAUUUUGACCAAAGAACUCAAUCAAUAAUUGCAAAAUCAAAAUUGAAGUCGGAGAUCCGGUUUAAGGCGGAGGUCGUUUCACCGGCAGAGUGGGAAAGGUGGAUAAAGGAUCAACAGAAGUCUGAAGGUGUUACUCCUGGUGAAGAUGUUUACAUUAUACUUCGUCUAGAUGGUCGUGUUCGACGGUCAGGAAAGACUCAUCAAAAAUGUCAAUGGGUACGUGUCAAAUUCACCAAAAUUAGUGUAUUUUUGAAGAAUCGGACAUUGGUGCAGCAUCAAAAAUGAAGAGUCCGCGCAACUUAGGGAACAAUGAUGUGCUUAUAUGCAGAUAGAAUUAGCACAUAAAUUGCUCAUGACAUCACAGAGGACUCUAUCCAGAAAAGUAUAAUUUACUAUUCUUACGGGUUAACACUAGAUUUUAUGUCCAACUUUGCAGGGGAUGCCUGACUGGGCUCAAAUUUUGAAGGAACUGCCUCCAAUGGAAGCAAUAUUAAGCAAGCUAGAAAGAUAAUACAAGUUUCUCUUGCUGUGUGCUAAAAUCUUUCCACUACCUGGUGUAUUUUUGGUCAGUCUCUUUUCGUGAAAUAUACAAGCCACUAAUUGAUGCUUGCGAGCUCUUGUUUGUUUUACGUUCCAUUUUUGCAUGAACAUAUAUUGUACUAUAGAUUGAUACUUGCCUUAUGAAUAUUAGAGGAAAUGAAAUUUCACAGAUAGAAAUCCAAACAAUGGAACUAAUAGUUGUUCAUCUAUUGUUGAAACCAGAGUGGAAUUAAUAGGUCUUCAUUGUGUA